AACAGCUCACAUGUACACUGGUGUGCGGCCGGUACAUCUUUCAACACCUCUUCCAGCUGCCAUGAGUGUGGUUCUCUAUAAGCGAUUACCUCUUCUGGAUGAAGCUACUUGCCGGCAGAUGUUUCUUUUGCAUCAGUCAAGCUACAGUAUACUAUUCCAAGAUUACAAACCUCAUGCGGUGUGGGAACUCAUCGACCUCUUGCUACCGAAUGUGCCAAAUGUGACGGAAGAAUGUCCUCCACUCCACGACACUAUGUGGAAUUCUAUCAACAACCCACUCACCGAACUUCAGCUGAUGUACUUAUCUGGGGAACAUGAUCUUGUAAAACUAGAAAACAAGCAAUCUUAUGUGCUUGUUGGUUUGACAGGAGGUAUUGCUGUUAUCGCCCUUGCUAUAAGCAUUUUUUGGGGUUUAAACGGCUCAGCAUUCACUAAUGGAUGAAUAAUAAUUUUCGAUCUCAUAAGAUCCUGAUUGAGC